AUGGCCGACGUACAUUCCCUGGCUAUUGAUGUUCGCCAAGCCUUGGCGAAUUUGAUAUUUGCAGCCUCCAGAUAUGGUGAACUGCCAGUACUACAUUCUUUGCGUUGCUUUUUCGGAGAGCGUUAUGGUCGUGAAUUCGAAAUAGCCAAUGUUGAAUUACAUCGUGAAAAUAUGGUGAGUUCUCAGAUAAAGUUGAACCUAUGCAGAAAUUUGGUGGCAGAUGAUGAGAAACUCAAAUUGAUAAGCGAAAUAGCUAAAGAACACUCUCAUUUUCUGGGGUUCUGGGAUUGUCAACAAAGCUCCAAUAUGCAAUGCCAUAAGAUAAAUAGCCUCUCUCACACAGAGUUCAAGCCUGCUCAAAGAGCUGAAGUUUUGGAUUUGGACAUAUUUGAAAUGUAUCCCGACAAUGACUCGGGCAAUAGUAAUGGUACUCCAGGUAGUUCUAACCGGGUGAAGAUAGACGUACAUGUACCUAAAGUGGAAUAUAAAGAGGCGUUAUCUGCUAGGACUUCCUCAGAUGGUAUGACAGCAACCCCUAGGAUGAGUAUUGUAUAUCUUGAUGAUGACUUGGACGAGAAGUCAGUGAACCAAGAACACUGCAGCAUGCCUCAGAUUGAUAUUGCCCGUACUAGUUUGGAUUCAUGGGGUGGAAAUGCAGGCUCAGUGACUGAUCCGAGAACUGGUCUAGCCAACAAAUGUUCCAGCGACAAAACUGCAUCACCCAACCUUCAGUCCUGGCCUUGCUCCGAGCGAGAUAACGUGGGAAAGAAUGGAGGGAAGAUUGUCAAAGGUCGCCAUCCAUUUCGCAGCCCAAAUGAUGAACUGCGGAAGAGCAGACAAUGUUGCGUGAGUCAUGUCCACCCAAAUCUUCCAAACAAUGAAGAUGUGGUGGCCAUACUUACAGAUAUCGAUGCAGGGUAUAAUAUGGGAGAUAAUAAUCAAAUCAAUUCAGAUAUUAUCCUGAUUUGA